CGGACGCGCUGCCAGAGUUACGUCCACACGCUUGUCCGUUGUGCAUGUCGUUGCGCGUGUUAUUCGUCCCGACAGUCCGUAACCGUGAAAUUUGCCGCGUACGAAAUAAACAAUAUAAUAUUAAUAAAUUAGAUUAUUGGACGAUAAUAUUCAAAAUAAUUUAUCAUACACGAUCGAGCGUUCGACCGACGACGAAAUGUGAACGAUUUGCCAGCCGCCGUUACUGUUAUUUUUUUUUCCUCCUCUGUGCUCGUUUUGAUUAGGUUGGCAUGCGAAAUUCUAUGUGCGACUGCGGUGACUUUCCUGGUUAUCGCCAACAAGCAGCAGCGGCGGCACCUCUGUACAAACUAUAACGGUCACGGUACUCGGAGACUAGCGUAGUUCGGCGCACAAAAUGAGUCUGUUCAACACGUCGUACCUGAUGGGCAACGACACGACGGGCGGAUGGGGUCCAAGGUAUUUUUUCACGUUCUACUCGGAGUUCGGCGACGAGCAGGCCGAGUCGGCUGUCGAGGUGACAGUGUUCAUGGUAAUAUUCGCCGCGUCCGUCAUGGCCAACGUGUCCAUCGCUUGGGCCGUGCUCAGAUACCGGGAGAUGCGCACCGUCACCAACUGCUUCCUGCUCAACCUCACCGUGGCCGACCUACUGUUCGCCGUCACCACGCCGGCGCUAGCCUACGUCCGUGUUCGGCCCGACUGGCCGUUCGGCGAUUUUGUAUGCCGGUUGUUGCCUUACUCGCAGUUCGUUUGCGGUUUCGUGCUGCUGUGGACGCUGACGCUGAUCAGCAUGGACCGGCACCGGUGCAUCGUCGUGCCGCCAUACCGAUCUCAGCUGACUCCCCGCCGUGCCACCGUGCUCACCGUGCUCACGUGGCUGAUCGCGCUGGCGGUGUUCAUGCCAGUGCCGUUCUGGUUCCACGAGCAGGCCGUGAUGGGCGGCACCGCGGUGAACGUGUGCACGCUGGUGUUCCCCAAGAACGACACGUUCAAGAUGUCCAUCGUGUUCACCGUGUCCGUGGUGUCGCUGUCCUGCAUCCUGCCGCUGUCGCUGUUCGUCUACCACUACCAGCGGAUAUUCCACAAGUUGAACAAGACCCGACGGCGGAUCGAACACUCCGUCUCGCAUCGGUCCACCGCCGUCCACACUGCGUCCCGGAACAGCCUGUCGCCGCCCACCAACGGUUCCACGCCGCAGGUGUUGGUGCGGCACGAAGAGCUCCGGUACAGGAAACACGUGCGCGUGGUGCGCGUGCUGCUGAUCAACGUGAUCGUGGUGCUGGUGAUGUGGCUGCCGAUCACCGUCGUGAUGUGCCUGAUCUACGUGGACGGCAGCCGGGACACGGAGGACACGGGCUACUUCCUGCGGUCGCACCACUUCAUCAUGGGCCUGCUGUUCGCGCUGCUCAACACGGUCGUCAACCCCAUCCUGUACGGCGUGCUGUCCGAGAACUUCCGCAAGUGUUUCGCCCGGCUGUGGUUCAUAUCGAAGCGCCGGCGGGCCAUGCACAGGGAGCUGCUGGACAACGCCAGCAAGGGCGGCGCCCGGACGCCCAGCAACGGCCACUACAACUCGACGCUGCAGCCCGGCAGUUCGGCGUCCGUGGUCGAGCUGCCGGUCACCGCGAUCGUGUCGUCGUCCGCCACCAACGAGUGUUGGUGACGGGGUGCGGACGACGCUCGACCGUCCUCCCCGUCACGCCGCCCCAUGUCCGCACACUUCAACCCCGUCACGACCGAAUAGAGAACACGUCGUUAUUAUUAGUAUUAUUUGUUAAGUAUAACAUAAUACGUAAUAUCGUGUUAAAACGACGACGGAACGUACAUAGGUUUAUGAACUGUUCAGUUGCAGGACGUAUCAUGUAUACGGUGGUUUAUACUGGCGCAAAUCGCACGGGUGUGAAGGGUGCCUAGAUUUAAUACGACCUAUACCUACUUAUUUUAAACCCAUAAUAUUAUAUAGCACCCCGAAUCCUGCAGUGAUUAUAUAGAAAAUAAUUAAAAAUCUCGAGCACCUACCAGAAUGGGUCGAUAUAGACUGUCGGGCUUAUGAAUUAUAAUUUAUUCCGCGGCGAACACCGGAAGACAUGUAGCUAGGUAGUCCUUAACGAAGAAACUAUUUUGAAUAAAUAAUAAUAUUAUACCUAACUGUAUUGUUACAUAUAAGCAAAUACAAAUAAUUUGUACUGCAUAAAUAAUAUUAUAUAGUACCUACCCACCUAUAAUGGAUUUAAAUUAAUAAUUUAUUUGAUUCGAUCGAUAAAGAGAUAUCAGAUAUAAUGGAUACCUAUGUUUCCUCUAAAACGUCUUCGAUGCUUAAACACACUAUAAUAGUUUUAGAUGAUUUGCGCCUAUUACCUAUACAUAGGCAUGAGUACCUACAUAAUAUCAUAUGUUCUAUGCACCGUUUUACCUCUAACAAACCACUACCUCUCAGCCCCAUCAUAUUAGUUCAGCGCAUAUAAUAUGCAUGCGGAUUAGGUCGGGUUUAAGUCUAUAUAGAUGACGUCUAACCUUACCCAAUCGCAAGACUACGGUAAUAAGAGUUAUUAUACGGAUUAUAGCGAUAUGUACAUAAUAUGGUUCCCGAACUGUACGUCCCCGAGUGUAGUCAAAAACAUCCCCUCCCCACCACCACCACCAACCCCAUCCUGAAAGCACGCCAUGACAUCGGAUGAUCUCACUAUAAUAAUUUAAUGUUAUGAAUGUUAUGAUAAAAUAUAUUAUUGUAAUGUAAAUAUUAUUAUUUAUUAUAAAUACGAUAUAGACUUAUCUUAUACAUACCUAUACAGUAUACACGUUAUAUAUAAUAAUAUAUAAUAAUUAAUAAUAAUAUAUUAGUGGGUAUAUACCUAACCCGUUAUUCGUCAUAUACGUUUAUUAAUUGAAUUGAUGUUAUUAUUAGUUAUUACUAUUAUUACUAUUGUCCUAUUGAUAUAUAUUGUAUCAUAUAUUUUUUUAGUUUUGUAGAAUGUCGUCUUUUUUUUUUUUGUAGCAUAAACGUUUUUUAUUUAUAUGUUUAUAUCCAAGAACAUACUACAAAAUAUUAUUAUAAUUGUGUGACUAUUUAUUUAUUAAAUCGAUGUAUAUAUGAUUAUUUAAUCGGUGUAACGUAAGCAAACGUGGGAAACGAUGUACCAAAGUGAUUUUUUUUUAUGUUUAACAUGUUAUUUUAACGAGUCCCAUGUGUUACCCAAUAUAAUUACAUUAUUAUUUAUUAUUUAUAUGUUAUCCAUAUCGAUUUUUUUACGAGAUUAUUUAACUGAACAUUUGUAAGACAUACACAUACACUGAUACACAUAAAGAGUUGUGAAUAUAUUUUUAAAAAUAAUUACUUAAACAGAUAAAACCAUA